AUUUGUUCUUUCUUUGGCGGCGACAGAGGUGGCGGUCCAAAGCAGUCGGAGGAGGCCAAAUCAUCAAGCAUCAAGCGCACUUGUGGCCCGUCAACCAAGCAACAACCAUCCAUCAGAACGCAUGGGGCAUAGCGAUUCCAGUUUCGCGCUGCUCUACACCUUGUGGCGUUAGCCGGAAAUGCUGGUUUCAUUGCUUUAUUGUGUUAAAGGCGGUGGAAGUUGGUACUACACGUCCGAACAACUCGUCCAAAACAUCUUUAAGAACAAAGACGUAGUAGACAGCGCUUCCUCCGCCAAAUUGGAGGUGGAGUUUUCUAAUGACCUCGAUUCCGGUGGUGGCCUCUAGGAAGUUCAAACUUCAAAAAAUCAUGGACGUGCAGAUGACCAGCACGGACGACCGAGAGACGUGGGGCAAAAAAGUCGAUUUUUUGCUCAGCGUCAUCGGGUUCGCUGUGGAUUUGGCCAACGUUUGGAGGUUUCCUUAUUUGUGUUACAAGAAUGGAGGAGGUGCAUUUUUGGUUCCUUACUGUUUGAUGCUGGUGAUUGGCGGUAUUCCUUUAUUUUACAUGGAGUUAGCUUUAGGACAAUUCAACAGAAAGGGUGCUAUUACGUGUUGGGGUCGUCUCUGCCCUUUAUUCAAAGGUAUUGGAUAUGCAGUGGUUUUGAUUGCAUUUUACGUUGAUUUCUAUUACAAUGUGAUCAUAGCUUGGGCUCUGAGAUUUUUCUUUGCUUCCUUUACGGACAUGUUACCAUGGACGACGUGCGAUAAUCCCUGGAACACUCCACUGUGCAGACCGUUCGACUUUCCCACGCAAAACAUCACCGAAUUUAAUAGGACUGAUAUGGUGAAAACUAUUCCAGGAGCGGACAAUAAUCGGUUUGCUUCGGCGGCUGCGGAAUAUUUUAAUCGUGCGAUAUUGGAACUUCACCAGAGCAAAGGUCUGCACGACCUGGGGGCCAUUAAAUGGGACAUGGCGCUAUGCCUCUUAGCAGUUUACGUGAUAUGUUAUUUCUCCCUGUGGAAAGGCAUCUCGACCUCCGGCAAAGUAGUCUGGUUCACAGCUCUAUUUCCAUACGCUGUCCUCCUUAUUUUACUAGUCAGAGGCAUCACUUUACCAGGGUCGGCGCAGGGCAUCAAGUAUUAUUUGAGCCCCAACUUUAGCGCUAUUGGAUCCGCAGAGGUUUGGGUAGAUGCAGCGACACAAGUAUUUUUCUCCCUUGGUCCUGGUUUUGGAGUCCUACUGGCUUACGCAUCUUACAACAAAUAUCAUAACAACGUUUACAAGGACGCUAUUUUGACGAGCGUAAUCAACUGUGCAACCAGCUUCAUAGCUGGUUUCGUAAUUUUUUCGGUGCUUGGAUAUAUGGCUCAUGCCGCUGGACGACCCAUACAAGAAGUGGCUACAGAAGGACCAGGCUUGGUUUUUAUAGUAUACCCAGCAGCUAUAGCCACAAUGCCGGGUAGUAUAUUUUGGGCUCUUAUAUUUUUUAUGAUGCUUUUAACCCUUGGAUUGGAUAGUUCGUUUGGAGGUUCGGAAGCCAUUAUUACAGCGCUAAGCGACGAAUUUCCCAGGAUUGGACGCCAUAGAGAAAUUUUUGUGGCAUGUUUGUUCUCGCUUUAUUUUUUGGUUGGGUUGGCAUCUUGCUCGCAAGGUGGAUUUUACUUUUUCCACCUCUUGGAUAGAUAUGCUGCUGGAUAUUCAAUGCUUGUUGCGGUGUUUUUUGAAGCUAUAGCUGUCUCGUGGAUAUAUGGAACCCAAAGGUUUUGCGACGAUAUCAAAGACAUGAUAGGCUUCGCGCCGGGUCUCUACUGGCGAUUUUGCUGGAAAUUCGCCGCCCCAGUUUUCCUGCUUUUCAUCAUAGUCUACGGACUUCUGGGCUACGAACCACUGAGCUACGAGGACUACGUCUAUCCCGCCUGGGCUAAUGUUUUGGGCUGGACCAUCGCAGGCAGUUCCGUCAUCAUGAUCCCGGCAGUGGCGAUAAUUAAGAUUAUUAUGACGCCUGGAUCUUUCGUUAAGCGCAUAAAAAUUCUCACAACCCCAUGGAGAGACACCCAAAUGGGCACGCAAGCGAACGGGGUGGUACAAUCAGAAAGUAACCAACAUAGGCUGGCAACCCCCGAAACCCCGGUACAGUCCCCUGUAGAGGUCUGAGAUAAAAGAAUAAUUUCCAAAUUUAAGGAGUAUUAUGUUUAGUUGUUUUUAUUUGUAGCCCUUGCAUAAGUACGAUAUAUUUGUUAUACUUUCUUAGUGAAUAAGACUACAAAAAUAUUGUAGAAAAAAUGUAAGCAAAUUUAGUUGUGUGUAGAUUAUAAAAGACGUAUUUA